GACAAGUCGAAUUCAACACAGUAAUCAUUCAUGCAAUUGAAAUGGAACCUCAUCUGAUAAUCAAAAUUCUUGCAAUUAGCGCCACCGCAAUUAAGCGGUAGCCGUAGCACCGCUUCAUACGAUGCAGAUUAGUUUGAACAAAUAUAGCUAAGUAACAUAAAACACAAUUGACAAUGGUGAUUACAAUUCAAAUUCAAUCAGACAUGCGUCCUUCUCUCCAAUUUGCAUCAAUCUUCCGCCGCCUUUCACCGGCUACAUCUAAUUAUCGCCACCGUCUUGCGCCGUUAACCACCAAUUAUCGCCACCAUCUUCCACUGCGAUUGACGGUUAGAGCCUUCUCGAACAACGCCGUUGAGAAAGUCGUUAACAAACCAUCCAUUUGUACCGCCGAUGAGCUCCAUUAUGUUCACGUGGCCAACUCUGAUUGGCGACUUGCUCUUUGGCGUUAUCACCCUAACCCUCAGGCUCGUGCGCGGAAUCAUCCUUUGCUCUUAUUAUCAGGUGUUGGAACUAAUGCUAUUGGUUAUGAUCUAUCGCCUGAGUCUUCGUUUGCUCGCCACAUGUCCGGACAAGGAUUUGAUACAUGGAUUCUGGAAGUUAGAGGAGCUGGAUUGAGCAUGCCUGCAACAAACUUGAAAGAUGUUGAACAAUCGGCCCAUGAAAUUUCUAGUAAGAUAGAGUCUGCGGCUGAAAAGGCAAAAGAAACUGCGGUUAACAAAAGACAGUCCCUAGAAGUUGAGGAUGAGGCAUUAGUUGGUUCAGAUGUCCCCCCUAAUAAAGGAGCUCCAUUGACAGUUUCAACAAUUUGGGAUGAAUCAGAGCUAGUUACAAAAUUGACAGAGACAUUCAUGCGCAUAUCUCAGAAGCUUUCUGGGUUCCUCAGUGAAGGUCAAUCAAGAAUUAUGUCUGCAAGACUAUUCGAUCAACUUCAGAUACUAUUGGAAGAUUCUCAUCUACUAGACCGCUUCAAUGAGACCAGGGAAAAACUUUCAAGCUUGUUAGAAACUAGUGACAAGUCUUCUGUAGCUAGUCAAAUAACAGAUCUUAGUGAAAAGCUAGUGAAUAUCUUUGAAGAAAGUCAAAACUCUGUUUCGCCUCAACUAUUUGAUUUGCAGACCCGUUUUUUCACAACCAUAGAAGAAUUUCAGAAACAACUUGACGUGAUGGUGAAGUAUGAUUGGGAUUUUGAUCAUUACUUGGAGGAGGAUAUUCCUGCUGUGAUGGAAUAUAUAAGAGCUGAAAGCAAACCCAAAGAUGGUAAAUUGUUUGCCAUUGGACACUCCAUGGGGGGUAUACUGUUGUAUGGGAUGCUGUCUAGAUGUGGAUACGAAGGUAAAGAUCCUGGAUUAGCAGCUGUUGUAACACUGGCAUCUUCACUGGAUUACACAACUUCCAAAUCAUCGCUUAAGAUGCUCUUACCUCUUGCUAAUCCUGCGCAAAUCCUCAAUGUUCCUGUUGUUCCACUAGGAGCCAUGCUAUCAGCUGCUUAUCCUUUCUCAUCAAGUCCUCCAUAUGUUUUGUCUUGGCUGAACAAUUUAAUAUCAGCAGAGGACAUGAUGGACCCAGAGUUGUUAAAAAAGCUCGUUCUGAACAAUUUCUGUACUAUAUCAGCUAAGCUUCUAUUACAACUAACAACAGCUCUUCAAGAAGGUGGACUGCGUGACCGUAGUGGAACCUUCUUCUACAAGGAUCAUUUGCAAAAAAAUAGUACCCCAGUGUUAGCUCUAGCUGGAGAUCAGGAUCUCAUUUGCCCACCUGAAGCUGUUUAUGAUACUGUGAAGGCCAUUCCUGAAAACAUGGUUACUUAUAAAGUUUUUGGACAACCUGGAGGUCCACAUUAUGCGCACUAUGAUUUGGUUGGAGGAAGACUGGCUGUAGAAGAAAUAUAUCCUUGUAUAGUUGACUUCCUGAGCUGUAAUGACUAGAAACCUGGAUAAAAAUGACAUGAUCCCCUUUCAAAAUGGUGACUUGCAUUUUCCAAAUUGAUAUUUAUGCUGUAUAGAGCCAAGGGAGCUGCAUUUCACUUCGCCAACUCAAGCAAUUCCGAAACUGGUACUCAAUUCUUUCAUGAUUUAGAACAUAACGAAAAGGAAGUUUCUGCUAAAGGCAAGCUACUCUCCUUUUUCUGACGAGGAUGUUAAAAGAUGCUAUCAGGCUGGGUCGGGUCUGCUAACCAAGGUUUCGGUUGCCAUACUCUGGUCAGAAUUGUACAUUUUUUCUGAUUCUUUACUCUAAAGAAUUCAUUGUUCAUAUAUAGAAGAGAAAAUGCUGGUUAAAUGUGUAUUGUUGCAGGAUUUGUAUCAUUUUUCAAGCUGAAUGGACUUUGUUGUAGAAUGUCCUAUCGUUUUCGA